CGCAGGGGAAAGAGGACCGCCCAGCUGCUCUGCCAUCGUUUCUUGCAUCGUCUCGUCUUGCAAUCUUCGUCUCGUGUUGUACAUCGCCCUCAGCUCGCCCUCCGGACGUUCAGUCUAGUACUGCCGCGCUCCCUUAUUCCCCGUCCUGUGUCUGCAGCAGCGCUACCACUCACUCAGAACCUUAUCCAUAACGCUCGUUUUGAUCUAGAACCACCACCACCACCACCACACUCGCCUGCUGCUCCUUCCAGGCCGAUUUCCCCGCAUUUGAGGCGAGGCUAUAUUCCCCUAGUGCAUAUACCACUGUGCCUUGCUCGUGCUUCCAAUACCAUCUCUCGUAUACCCGCUUAUAAUCACUCUUGACGACAACGACGAUGCACCUCUUUUCUGUCAUACCUAGAGGUGUCCUCACUCUGCUCUUUGCCUCGUUGCUUCUCUCGUUAGCGGAUGCACAUUCAUAUUUCAUCGUCACAAGUCCGACGCAAGGAACUCAGCUGCAGAACGGCGCUGCGAACCGGAUAACAUGGAUAAAAGGUCUUUUGGAUGAUAUUGACGCAUUCGAUGUGGAGAUGUCGAGACUGAGCGUCGAUGGUCUCAUCCUGGUUGCAAGAGAUGUGCCGGCUGGAUCGGGGUCAUUCAACCUGUUCUUGCAAGACGUGCCCUCGGCAGACGACUACUACCUACUCUUCCUGAACUCGACGUCUGGCGUGAUGUUCACCACAUCCUCACGGUUUUCGAUUGGCGACAGCAGUUCGAACGCGACAGCCACGGAGCCAGAUAGCAGUGCGCCUACGGUGACGAUUUCGGGAGGACCGAAUCCGUUGAACGACUUUGCGACGACGUUCCCUCCGAGCGCGAAUGGGGUUGCGAUGCCGGGGUGGAAGGCGAUCGAGGGGAGCAAGGGGCAGUUGAUUGGCCUGUUUAUGGCCAUGAUGUUGUGUAUGGCUGGCGGGGCGUUCACGCUGCUGUAGCCAUUGUUUGACUGCCUCUGCCUUUCCAUAUCGCUUUUCGUUCUCUUGGUUUCGUGGUGCUAUCUAUUGGGUGUGUUGUCUGGAGACGGAUGUGGAUAUCUUAGGAGGUGAAGACCUUGAUGGACGUUAUUUCACGACGAGCAAUUACAGUAAUCCUCUUUUUGAUAUGAUAUCGAGCUUUGAGCUUCUGUUAGGGAACGCCAGCCAUUUUCUCCUUUUUCUCUCUGUUACAUAUAUCGCAUACCAAGAACCCUGUUUUCGCCUGCGCAUAUGAUCUGUCUUUUGGACAUACCAAAGUACUUACUUGUUUCUGCGUAUAGUGGAUGUGUAGGUCGAAUACGGUUGAAAUAGCAUACCCUAGCCCAGUACCGUCAAGAUUCCUGUUC